UUUAAACCGCUUUGUGAGUUGACAUUAAAGAGCAACUUUUUAAUUAAGGUUAUAUUUUGAUUAUUAUUUAUUAAAAGAUAUUAUGAAAUGUGAACUUUUUCUCAUCAUAUAUAUAAAAUGAAUUUACUUAUAAUAUCAACUAUAAGUUGUGUGUUAGAAUAUGUUGUUCCAGCUUUAAUUAAAUACAUUACGUCCCGUUUUUAUACAAUGAAUAAACAAGAUAUAGAAUUACGAAAUGAGUUAAUUAACUUGAAACAGGAAAUGACUGGAAUAUCUAUUGUAGAUGAAUUUUCAAAGUAUGCAAAACUUCAACGUAGAUAUAAUAAAUUAGAAAGUACCUUAAAAGAAAAAGUAAAUGAGCGACUGUCUUCCAGAAAAAAAGUACAAAUGUAUUUGACAUACGGUUUCCGCUUAUUAAAUGGUUUAUUCAUGACAAUUUUACUAUAUCAGCAUAGAAAUAAACCUGUAAUAACUUUACCAAAAGGUACAUUAUGGCCAAUACAAAGUUUAUUAAGUUGGCCAUCUUAUCAAGAAGAUUCAAUCUCUUUGUUUAUGUGGCUAAUAAUUGCUAAAUUAGUUAUAUCUACGUGUAAAAAAAUUGAUGUAACAUAAUAUUAAAAAUUCAGGAAAUUAAAUUGUUUAUACGCAAUAGAAUAAAGGUCUUUCAAUAUG